CUCCCCGAGUAGCAACAUUAAAAAAAACACGGUUAAGUUAAAACUAGGCUCUUGUAAUCCAUGUGUGAAUCCAGACACUGUGUGUGGAUACAGAUUGUGCUCUGACAAACACUAAGCCCGAAACCGUGUAAGAUUUUCCUGCAAGCUGGUUGAGGAUGUUGGCAAAUGCAGGAAGUGUCAUUUCUGUAAAACUCUAAUGGCAACAGCAGUGAGCGUCAGUUGAGCAUUUUCCCUGCAAAAAGACUCAGACACGGGACGGCUUCAAUCGCUCACAUCAUGAUAAAUCUGCUGCUGCUGUUGUCCUAUAUCAGAACAGGUGUAAGUGGUGAAGAUGGUCUGAUAUUCGCAGGAAGGAGUUAUGACAUUACAUUUCCAUGCCUUGACGACUUUGUCUGUGUUCACGUAUGGAAUUUCGACAUAAGGGAAACAAGUGAUUACGCUGCCAUAGUCACUAACGGAGAGAUCCAGAUGUUUGGAUUCCAGGGUGACGACUCAAUAUGUGCUCUUCAAAUCAAAGAUCUCACAGAGCAGGAUGUCGGGCGUCAUCGCUGCCAGCAAAGGCCAGUCCCCUCAGCUACUCUGGAGAACACCUACAUGCCUGGCAAGGUGGUGUCACUGCAGUGCAUUCUCCUCGCCUACGUAGAGCAGGGGCACUGUUAUACAGAGCAGCAGCAACACAUCAACCUGAUGUGGGUGGAUGAAGCUGGUGCUGAGAUACAAAAGGACGCACAACAUCACAUAGAGCAGCGGUCCCACUGCGAUGUCACCCUGACAGUCGCCCUUCAAAGCCUCGGAAACAAGAGGUUCAGGUGCCGGAUGACUGCGGAUGGACAAGUCCAGACUUCCGUGGAGUUUCCUUUCAGAGUGCCAGGCCGCAAAGGACGGGGAGGAGGCUUCAUCUUAGAACCAGGAACUGAAGACCAAGGUCACAACCCGACUGGUGUAGCCGUGGGGGUGGUGGGAUGCAUGGGGCUGGUGGCUCUGGUUGCAGCUUUUGUUGUACAGAGAAGAAGAGCAAACAGACAGCUGCCUGAUGAGUCGUACAGUAACGGCAUCAGUACCAUCAGUGCUGUGAACACAGAUGACGUGAUCUACGCUGACGUCAUUCACUAUGUCGGCUCUGACAGAGUGAGGUUCGAGGAGUGCGAGUCCACAGAGUACGCCUGCAUCAGAUACAAAUAAUGUGCUCUUCACCUCCAGCUGUUGUAAUGCCAUUUAAUAUUUACUGUGAUAUAAUCUCUAUCUCUACCUACUGCUUGCCAGUGAUUUGUAUUUUGUUUCCCAGAUCUCUCUGUCAGAUAUAGAAUUUCACAAAUGUAUCCAUUAAAUCAGCAUUAAUUGUUUUUCUUCUUCUUCUUCUGUUAAAAGACUGUAAACUGUGUUCAGGUCUAAAAUAAAUCAAAUGAAAAACUUA